UUUGAAUUACGUUCUCUUCCACGGUCCAGCAUGUCAAAGGACACACAAGCAAGCCAAGCAUCCGAGGAGACCCUUGCAAAUCCACCCAAGUCCCAAUGGCUCUUCCACCUCGAGGCUUUGCAGUCGACUCCAUCCACUGGUUCUCUAGAAAAGCAGCUAUACGACAGGGCAAGGGGGGUCGAGUUCCUUUACCGUCUCGGGUCCUCGCUGCAAUUGCCAGCACCGGCUAUGUUCACUGCCGCAACAUGGUUCCACAGGUUCUACAUGCGGUACUCCAUGGAUGAUUAUCAUCGACAAGACGUCGCUGCUUCUUGUAUAUUUUUGGCUACCAAAACGGAGGAAUGCGGUCGAAAGCUUCGUGAUGUUGCCCGCGUUUGUCAGUCCAAAGUAAGUGGGAAAGACGUGGGUGAAAUUCCCGAUAAUAGCAAGGAAGUCGAGAACUGCCAGACGGCAAUCCUAUUGACAGAGGAAGUGCUGUUGGAAGCUCUCUGUUUUGACUUUGUGGUCGAAAGUCCCCACGCUGAAUUAGUAGACUUAUUCAACUCUUAUGAUCCAGAUAUCCUAACACAAGAAUAUGCAUGGACUAUUGCCCACGACUCGUACCGGACCCCACUCUGUCUAUUAUAUCCCCCUCGUAUCAUUGCCGCCGCAUGUUUUAUUCUUGCUCAGCGUGUGGUGGACGGCCCAAACUCUCCUUCCUUGGAUUUGCGCAUAUCCUCUACCCCACCAUCAGCAUCUCUUCCCACACCCCCCUCCAAUAAGCCUCCAUCGCCGGACCGGUCCAGAUUUGCUUUGGAAUAUUUUGCUUUUAAUGAAGAGGAACUUGCUUCCCUUGCUGAUACCCUACGCAUCCUGAUUGAAUUCUACUCCGUUCAAGACAAAACCAUGCAUCCGCACCUCUCAACUAUAGCCACCAUUUCUGCCCCAACGAUUACCCCGCCGCGGGCUAAUUUGUAUGGUUCCUUCUCCCGAUUGUCCGGGACCACUCCCGCGGAAUCUUCUCGCCUGGACAUUGGUCUAGGACGAACCCCAAAUUCAUCUCAUGGAGGACAAACCCCCGAAGUCAAUGGUAAUUCUCAGACGCCCAAUGGCAAGCCAGUCGAUUCUAGCUCGUAAAACGGGGUCACAUUAGGCACCCGCGAUGGACCCUGGCGGACCUACAGCCUGUCAAUUUGUUACCACCACACCCAACCUUAAAUCUUGUCCUCGGGAGAUUUUCUGGGCCUUGCUUAGUAGCUUUCAUUUGGCCUCAUGUGCUUUGUGUAUAUUACUAGAAAAAUUAAAUUGGACACGAAGACGCUCUAGU